GCGGUUGUCCCGGAAUAAUGUCUGGGGUCCACAACGUUGAACAGCUUUCCAAAUGGCCUGGCGAAAAUGAAACAUGCACCCUUUAACAUCAGAAUUAAAAACAAUCCUUGCGGCAUUUUGUGCUGCGGUCUCAAAAUCGGUAAAUAUUGUUGAUGGGUUCAAAUUUAAACCAAUGUUACGGGUUCUAUCUAAUAUUAUCUGAAACAUUUGUUCGUAGGUAUCCUGUCGCUUAUUUGCUAGCAAAGCAUACACGAAUGGAUACAUUUUUCCAUCUAUCAUUGAAUGAAUUGUAUAUAUCUGGUAAUAAAGCUGUGGGCACAUACUAAAUGUUCCGUCACAAAAAUACGAAUCACUGCCAGCGAGAAAUUGUAGAUUUUCAUCUGUUGCAAAUAUGCACAUAUUUCUGUCUGAAAAAAGCAGGAACCGGUCACCAUUAGCUGUAGUUUGGUAUGAUUCUGUAAGUUCUAUGUCCUGACGUUCUUUAGGUAAUGUUGGUAAAAUUUUUGAUCGUGAGCGGUAUAAGGCGGAAUGGAUGGACAGACUGUAUAACUUAAGUAACUUCCUCAGUUCGUAGACCUGAAACAAUAUAAACAAAUAGACAUAUAGAACUUACUCAAUAGAAAUAAUAUCAAAACAUUUUAUUUUCAGUUUGGAAAUAAGGUUCAAGAUUAAAUGGCACAAUUUACUUUCUAGUUAUUUGUUCUUGAUAAAUACUUGGCAUUGGUCUGUGGUCAGUUUUUACCAAAUCCAUCAUGGAUGACAAAAACGUAUCAACUUUAAUCUUUACAUUAUCUGGUUGAUGAUUGUGUUGGAAUCCAACAGUGGAUAUUUGGUGACCUUCAUCAUACAAUGUUCGAAGGGUAGCAAAACAGUUCCUCACCAACCUUAUAACGUGGCACGCAUAAAAAAUAAAUGAAAUGGUGUGCUCUGCAUGGAUUUGCAGGAUCAGUUGAGCAUCCUAAUUUACUAGCAGUGGCUUGAAGCCAUCAAAGUUAUCAUAAGUUACAGCACUACACCUAACAGUUUAUUUAAGAGAAAGAAAAUAGUACGAGACUACUUGUUUCAAUACCUACAUGAGAAUGGAAUUGUGGUAUCUGUUCAGUCUGAUAAACAACAUUUGGUGAAUAAAAUACUGGAAUUAUGGAAAUCAGAUUUAACAAACAGUCAAGAUUGUUUAAUGCAGGAUGAUGAUUCUAAUUCAGGAGGAGGAGAUAACUCACAGAGACAUACCACCACCACUCCAUUACAACCAGUAACUCUUAUACAAAAUACACACAUAAACGUACAUAUAGUACAAGGUGAUCAAAAUAUAACAGAUGGUUCGCUUUUAACUUUGCCAGAUCCAGUACCGGUAUAUCAAAAUAAUCAAAGUGGUUAUCAAAUAAACCAACCAACCAGUGAUAAAUUUAUGACCAAUAGUUCAUCUGCUACUGAUCAGCUACUAGCAGAAACAUUUGUCAAAUGGUUUUACAAAAUGAUGAAUUCGCAAAAUCCGUCCUUGAAUGAAACUCCUGAGAAUUUUGGACCACAUCACUUUUGGAAUGAUGUAAGGUUACGACUGUUAACGGUAGCCAGUGAUUCUGAGAACUCUACUGAACAAUUUGAAGGAUGUGAAAUGGUUUCUUGUAGACUUUUAGCCAUUACAAAAGAUGAGUUAUUAUUAUUUAAUCCAAAUUUAAGUGCUGAAGGGGUUAGAUCAAAGAAAGAUCCACACGGUCUGUUAGCUAUUUCUGUUUGUGGAACGAUUCAUCGAGGAAAUGACUGUUUAGGAAUAUUUGAGCAAGACUUUGGACUAAUACGUGAUCCAAGGUUUGAAAAUAACUGGAAAAUAAAAGUAACUGCAUUGAACCUUCGUUGUUCAAAUGUUGCAACUAUGCCAAAGUUAGAAGAAGGCAAAGAUAUGUUGGCAAUAGCAACAAUUAGUUCAACGGAUAACUCUAAUAAUUGUUUAGUGCUACAAUAAUAUGAACAGCUUCAAAUAAAUCAAAAUGUUUUCUUUAACCACUAUGUGACUUGUAUGUGUAAAAAGUAAUAAUGUGGUUAACCCACAACAUAGAUGGUGAUUGGUGAUAUUUGCAUAAAUUGAAUUCUAAUUGAGAACCUACCUAGAAUUGUAGUCAUAUUAAUUAGCAAUAAUAUGAGUUUUUGUUUUCACAAAGGGACUUAGAAUGAAAUUUUGCUACCUCAGCAAUAUUUCACAGUUCAACAAGAUGUUGAUAUCAGUUCAUGACAGCAAUCAAAAUGAAUAAAAUAUAUGCUUCCGGGCAGUGGGAUUGAUGAAACUGUAAUCUAUGAACUAUUAUUUUCGGUUCAAAAACCAUUAUUGAAAUUUAUUGUGAUUAAACUGUUUAAAAAGAA